AUGCCACAGGGAGAGCAAGCGCACAGAGAUGACCUUGAAACCUUCACACCAUGCAUAGAUGACCGUGAAAAGGCUUCCAUAAUUAUUAACCCAUGGAAAGCAGCCAUUUUAAAAGUUGGAUACUUGUUUGAUGAUGAUGGUUCUCCAGCUAGCCAUAAAAUCCAUGAGUGCAAGGUUACUGUAAAUACAAAGGAAGAUUUUGGUUUAGCUGCUGUGAUUGAAGAAAUGAAGAUCACAGGAACACAAGACAAACACACAAAUGGUUGGGUGUGUCAUGGUGAUUAUGUUAAGCUCAGUACUUCUGGCCCAUCAUUUUGGUCAAAGUUAAUUAGUUCACUUCCUUUUGGUUUGUUCAAGAGCAAGUCAACUGAAGAAUUAUGUGGAACUCGAAAGAAGAGGCAAUUGUUUAGUGAAAUUGGUUCCAGUGCAAAUAUACUUUCCACACUAGCAAACAACUUGGAAGUGCUGUUUCACCAACGGCAGAGCAGAGACUAUCCAGUAAACAAUACCUUCACCAUUGUUAUUACAGCAUUUAAACACACAAAAGAUGAAGAAGCUUGUAAGGGCAAGUUCAAGUGUACUGGAAAUGACAACUACUGCAUCGACCCAAGUUAUGUGUGUGACAACCACUUCAACUGUGCCUUUCCAUCAGGAGGAGGAGAUGAAUUGCAGUGUGCAGUAAAGGCAGUGUAUCAUCCCAUUUUCUCCACAACCACAACUAUCAUCACUGUAUUGGCAGGCAUUGUUGGCGCUGGCCUUGUUGUCUGCUGCCUCUUCACAAUUAUCAUGAAAGCCAAGUCUCGGAAUGAUACGCCAUCCGGAACCCCUGUACCACCAGUUGGACACACUCCAGCUGGUGCAGCACCAAACCUUCAACGGCAACAUACUCUUCCACCCUAUGAGGCAGUAGUCAUGUCUGAUGCAAGCCAAAACUGGAAGAGCAGUACUCUGCCAUCUCCUGAGGUGGGAGAGUAUCCACCUAGUUAUCAUAUGCUUUUUCCAGAGGGCCCACCCAAAGAUUUGCAGACAGAAACUGCCCAUACCCAUGAAGAGACAAAUUCUCUAGUUAAUAACCCAUCUGCCCCAUCUGCUCCACCUGCUCCACUUGUUCCACCUGCUCCAUAAACUUUCAAAGUGCCAAUAUAAUUUUAUACUGAUCAAGAACUCGCUAGACUCUGUGGAUAAGCUCAGGUUUUCAAAAAUGCUAAAAUUCUUCUUAGGGGUACUUGUAUAGAGGGCAUUGGGAUAAGUUUUAUAUGUGGAAAAAUUUGCUUAUAAAUUUUUUUUAAAUAAUAUAGAUUUUAAAAGAGUUAAGGAUAACUAUUUUCAUACAUGCAUUUGACAAGAGGCCUUAAUGGAAAGUACAAUAAUGAAGUUUAAUAAUAAAAGUACUAGACUGAAUAUAUGAAUAGCAUGUAAAGUAGCACUCAAACUUUUUUAUUCAUACUUAGUCUUCUGUGAAUGGAAAUACCAUACCUCGCAUAAGGUGUUUACAAUAAUAACCACAUUUUAACUUUGAAAAACAAUGUAAUUGUGAAAGUGACAGUAUCAUAUCACUGGAGUCUUCAGUAGCUAUAUAGCAUUUAAAAUGCAGCAUCUAAAGAAUGUGUGAUUUGCUGAAGGGAUUGAGAUAAUGUGGAAUGUUACUAAGAUUAGCUUGUAGUCAGUUGUUAGAAAUUCAAUAGCGAGAUAUUGCGAUUCAAAUCACUUUCCACAUGAACUAUAACUGAGCAUGUGUGUAGUAUAUAUAUGAGAUCUGCUCCAUGUACCAAUGUUGUUUGCCAUAUCUGACUGAUGCUAUCCUCUUUCUGGGAUUUGGUUUGAAAUACCUGUAUGAGGCUCUCCUGUAUUUGUCUGAAAGGUUUUUAGCAUUUCCUCAUGAAUAUAAUAAUAAUAACUAAAUAAUACUAAAUCUACCUAUCAGAUAAUGUCAAGAGAUUAUCAUUGGCAAAACUGACAUUCAUGUAUAAAGCAACUAGUAGAGAAAAAAAAUAAGCCAUAUAGCUCAUAUACUAUGCAUUAUAUUAGGUACACAAAUUUUCUUUUCUUGCAACAAAUGUGUGUGUGUAAAAAAUAAAAUUACAUAAAGUGUAAUUUUUUGUAAUGACAAAAGUUUAUAUUAUCUGUUCACUGUAAUCUAGUGACAAGAGUUUAGUAAAGGAAACCAGACAGUGCAUUUGAUGGCCUACUUAAUUGCAGAGUGAAUCAGUUUUUAUAAUCUUUGUGUUGGUAAUGACCUCAGUGCAUUGAAAGAGUGGUGCCAAGAACAAGACAUUGCAUGUAUAAUUGUUUACUGGUGAAGCAAGUAAACUAAAGACACUGGAAAAAUGAUCGUUUGUUUUUUUUAGUUCUACCACUGAUAUUUUUUUUAUAUUUAUGUGUCAUAUAUGUACUAUAUUAAUAAUAUAUUUUUAAUAUGUAGGUUGGAGGUGUUACAUUGCUAAGGAAGAUUGUCAAUUUUACUCAAAAUUCUGAAACUGUUUUUUCAGUCAGAUAGAUAUUAGACCUGUUAGUAGUAAUAAGCAUUAUAAAGAAUUUUUUUUUUUUGUCAUGACAGCAUUUACUUUUUUGUUAAUACUGUACUUAGAAUUUAUUUAGUAUGUAUUACUAAAGUAACAACCAAAAAAGUUAAACCGCCUUUAGCUUAGUCGCUCUUAUUUUGUUAUUGGGAUUAUGCAGGAGUACAAAGAGAAAGGUUUAUACAUACACAUAAGUAUGGUAAAACUGGCAUAAAAUAAUUACAUAUGAAUUGUAGAUAAUUCUCAAUUUCAUCUUUCACAUCCUUGGAAACUAAGGAUUCAAGUCAAGAGUGAUAACCAGGCACCUUCUUUUUUUUUUUACUCGUUUGGUGUGUGUAUUUUUACUUUAAAUACCAGCAAGUUGGCUAACCCCAAAACACACUAUAAUUAGCUUGAAUUUGUUAAAAUUUACAUAUGAGUUUAGAACUUCCUGUAAUAUAUAACAUUUCAGAACUCUUUUUGCGUUUAUUUCAAUAACCGAUUGAUUUUCAUUUAGCAAAGGACUCCAUUCAAAAAUUUACGCUUAUCAUGACUCAUAAACUGUUAAGUUGUAGGGAUCCAAAACAUUCAUGCAUAUAUAGUGAUAUUUUUCCUGUUACUGUUACCCUUAUGGCAAAUAACUUUGCAGAUAAUUGGGAUUUGGGUAUUUAAAGUUAUAUGCUAGUUUCACGUAGACUUCUUCUUUCAACAAACCAGCCGUAUCCCACCGAGGCAGGGUGGCCCAAAAAGAAAAACAGAAGUUUCUCUUUUCAAAUUUAGUAAUUUAUACAGGAGAAGGGGUUACUAGCCCCUUGCUCCCGGCAUUUUAGUCGCUUCUUACAACACGCAUGGCUUACGGAGGAAGAAUUCUGUUCCACUUCCCCAUGGAGAUAAGAGGAAAUAAACAAGAACAAGAACUAGAAAGAAAAUACCAGAAAACCCAGAGGGGUGUGUAUAUAUAUGCUUGUACAUGUAUGUGUAGUGUGUGACCUAAGUGUAAGUAGAAGUAGCAAGACGUACCUGAAAUCUUGCAUGUUUAUGAGACAGAAAAAAGACACCAGCAAUCCUACCAUCAUGUAAAACAAUUACAGGCUUUCGUUUUACAAUCACUUGGCAGGAUGGUAGUACCUCCUUGGGUGGUUGCUGUCUACCAACCUACUACCUUAUUUCAUGUAGACAUUUAUGUAUAAUCUCCAUGGGGAAGUGGAACAGAAUUCUUCCUCCAUAAGCCAUGCGUGUUGUAAGAGGCGACUAAAAUGCUGGGAGCAAGGGGCUAGUAACCCCUUCUGUAUAAAUUACUAAAUUUUAAAGGAGAAACUUUUGUUUUUCUUUUUGGGCCGCCCUGCCUCGGUGGGAUACAGCCGGUUUGUUGAAAGAAAACAAGAAUUUAUGUAUAAGAGAAUGGUACUUUUUGGGUAAUGUAAAAAUUAUGAAUAUUCUUUUGUAAUACCAAAAAAUAUCUUUGAGAUGAAAAUGGAAAGUUAUAUUUAAGAUAGUCCCUUAGAACUUUAUAUUGCAAUGUAAUUUUUAGCUGAGUUGGUUGAUAGCAUUUUAAAAAAGACUGAAUACUACCAUGGUUUAAAGGUUCAUUUUUCUGGGUAUUUUUGUAUUCAUAAAUUUUAAUAUAUAUUGGUUAUGAUAAUUGUAGUCACAGAGAGGUAAUGUAUGAGGUAAUUAUGCAUGUAUUAAGUUUUUGGAUAGUAAAUCUCUAACUUUCAUUGAAGUUGUGUGUGUGCAUGUGGAAAGAAAAAAAAGGCAGCAGUCUAAAUACUAUUUUAGAAACUUUUAUAUUCUAUUGACUUUGUUUAUGUCAGCUUGCUUACCUAUUCUUCCUGUGCUACAUUAAUGCUGCUCUAGGGAAGAAGUUUCUAUUAUUUAUAGAAGUGCAUAGCAUGUUUUAUUUUGAGUUUUCUGUUUUUUUAACGUGUGGUGUGAUAUUGUGGGAUGUGUUUUAUACUUGCAUGCCAGUUUCAUAGCUGGGGUUGAGUUUGUUCUAUGGUCAUUCAUGUCAAUUUUAGUCAAGUUUACAUCAGCUUUAUACUAUAUGCUUGUAAUUUUAUUGAUGUUCAUAUCAGUUUACUGCCUGUUCAAGUCAGGUUUUAUACCAUAUUUGCAUGUCAGAUUUAUACAGUAGUUAUUAAUGCCAGCUUUUUAACUAUUACAUAUGUCAGUUUUAUAGCAGUGUAUGACAGUUUUAUAGCUGUGUAUGACAGUUUUAAAACUUUGCAUGUCAGCUUUAAAGUUGUACAUAUCUAUGACAGUCUACUGUGGUUUUAAAACUAAAAACAGUUUUACAGUGUACCUAUUUUUGUCAGCUUUAUAGCUGUAUAAGUUUUAUAACUGUAGAACAGUUUUAAAGCUGUGUAUGUUUGCUUUAUAGCUAUGCUUGCCUUCUUUGUAGCUGCAAAAGCCAAGUAGAACACUAAAGAAAGUUUUCAAAGCGAGUUAUUUCCACUGUUAACACAUAUUUUGCUAUUACUCGUAAUAUAUAUUUUUAUAUUUUAAUAUUUUUAGGAGAAUUCUUCACAUAUAAAAUAUGAGUGUUUACAAAAAAAUGAAGUUUUAUUACAUAUCAGUUAUAAUGUGAUAUUAACUUGAUGAAAGUAGUUUAGUGGAAACAGUUUAGUGUAUGUUGGAUUUAAUGGACAAAGUCCAAAAACAACGAAGAAAAUCUGUUAUUUCCUGAAUUGUCCAUUAAUGUUAUGGAUUUAAUGGGCAAAUAUGAAGAAAUGGCCCCAUCAGUAGAGCUGCUGUCCUCAAUAUCACUAUUUAUAUACUGUAUUUUUGUUUUUGAGUCAUUAUCUAAAUUUAAGGAAAAUUAAGUGUAUUUGUAAAACAGGUGAAGGCAGUCUACUACAUAAUUAUUCUUCACAGGCAAUAGCUAUUGUGCACAAUAAAAGCAGAUCGAUUCACUGCCAGUUUGGUUUUGAGAGAGAAUGCACAAAUGUCUUUCAAGAUUUAUGUGCAAUUUUUUUUAUAUUUGUAGCUGUAGAUAGGUAGAAACUUGCAUUACUUUUUUACUGGCUAAAUACUUCUUUCAAGAUGAAUAGCAAUAAUCAAGAAUGUAAUUUCUGUGUAACAGCAUGUAAGAGGAUGAGUAUGAAGAGCUUUAUGAUUUUACUAUAAUUAUCUGUUUGAGUUUGUGAGGAGGUAGGUGAGCUGUAGCUCUUGGCCCUAUUUCCUGACAUUUGACUGAUCAACACAAAGCACUAUUUUAUCUGUUGUUUAACUCUUAAACUGUCCAAACAUAGAUCUAUGUUCACAUGCGUAAUGCUCCAAGAGUAGAUCUACGUUUUUUUAUAUAUUUUCAGAUCUUUCUUUCAAUGCACCAGCCGUAUCCCACUGAGGUGGGAUGGCCCAAAAGGAAAAAUGAAAGUUUCUCCUUUUAAAUUUAGUAAUAUAUACAGGAGAAGGGUUACUAGCCCCUUGCUCCCGGCAUUUUAGUCGCUUCUUAUGACACGCAUGUUUUACGGAGGAAAGCAAAGGGAAAUAAACAAGAAUAAGAACUAGUAACAAAAAUAGAAGAAAACCCAGAGGGGUGUGUAUAAAUAUGCUUGUACAUGUAUGUGUAGUGUGACCUAAGUGUAAGUAGAAGUAGCAAAACUUACCUGAAACCAUGCAUGUUUACGAGACAGAAAAAUGGACACCAGCAAUCCUACCAUUAUGUAAAACAAUUACAGGCUUUCGUUUUACACUCACUUUGCAGGACUGUAGUACCUCCCUGGGCGGUUGCUGUCUACCAACCUACUACCUAGAAUAUUUUCAGAUAUACCAAAAAAAAAAAAGUAGAUCAAAGUUUUUUUUACAUGCUUUCAAAUGUACAAAAAAAAAAAAAGAUCUACGCUUUUUUACAUACUUUCCAAUGUUGAAAAAAUGUAGAUCUACGUUCGGACAGUUUAAGGGUUAAACUUUUGUAUUUAUUAAUCUCACAUUACUUCACUGUCCAGAUUAUUCCAGUAGCCUACUCACUUCUUUUAUUAAAAAGUGUUUUUGCAUGUUUGUGGCUCAUUUGAGAGAGUAACUUCUUUCCAUGAGACAAGGGACCUAGCUGUUGAAUUUUUUUCCUUAAUGCUCAUUCCCUCUCAACUCGUGCAUAAAUCUGGACAUACUUCUUUGAACUUUAUCAAGUUUCAUUGUCUUGGACUACAUGAGGGUUCCACACUGGUGCUACCUACCCAAGAAUAGGUUUCAUGCAUAUGGGAAAAAUAUUGGAGCAGGUCUUCAUCUUUAUUUAGGAAUGCCUGUCUUAGGUUUGGCAGCUUAGUACAUGCUGGUAAUUUUAUUCUGUUUGUGUUUCAGGGAUCAGAUUUGAAAAAAGGAUUAAUCCAGGUUCUUUCUCCUUGACUGAUUCCAUGAGUUUAUCACUAUGAUAGUCUCUCUUUGGUCUUCAUUUCAUGUGUACUAGUUUUAUUACUUUGCUGUUACUGGAGUAAAAGCAACCAAUUGUUUGACUAAUCCUGAAGGAUUAAUAAUGUAUGCUACGAGCAUUAUAGAGCCCAGUACUGUGCCUUGGACUCUAAUAUCCACUUCGUCCUUUACUGCAACUCUUUGGUUUCCUGUCAUUUAAGUAAUCCUUAAUCCAUGCAGGCACCCUCCAUGCUAUCUAGACUUCCUUUUCCAGCCUUCCAUGUGGUACUGUUUCAAAGGCUUGCAUGAAAUUGAGGAAUAUAAAGUCAUUUUGGUGAACUCUAUGCUCUCUAGGUAGUCAAGCAAUAAGUUUUCUAGGAGUUUUUAACUCAAUUUUUUGCCUUUAAUGUUGGUGUACUGUGUUUGUUGGGAUUGAUAUCUAGCUCCUAGACCCUGAUUCAUUAAUAGUGAAAUGUAAUAAGGUAAUUUAAUCUCUCUCAAGAUAUUUCCAAACAUAAAUAAUAGUUUUUCAAUAGGUGUUUGAUAGCCAUAAUGUUAAAUGAAAACCCAUAUACUCUGCUGUACUCAAAUAUAUUUUUAGGCUUACAUAUAUUGUACUGCUUUCCUUGGGAAUUACAUUUUUCACAUUUUCUCACCCUUAGUUCGUUGACAAAUAUUCCAUUCCCAAAUUUACCAAAAUACAUUAUCACUGGUAUAUAUCAGAAAGUUAUAAAGGCUUUAUAUAUGCCUUGUUUAACUACAUUUUUCAUGUAUUAAUAUUUAGGCAAUUUCUUACAUUUUUUAUUGACCCACCCAUCAGUUUGCAUUUAAUAUCAGUCUUUGGAUAGUUGAUUUGUCUGAUAUAGGAAAAUAAUAGAAGCUUUAUAUAUUUACAUUUGCAUAUAUAAUUAUAUUGAAAUCUAUUUUAGAUUUACCUUUUACCAUAGCCAGAAAACAUUUGCAGAAUCCUCAUUUCGUUAUUUUGCUUCAUAUGUUAUCUAUCAGAUCAGUUUUUUUCUCUCAGAAUAGUAAUGUUAGACUUUUUCCAUACAGCUUUUGGAAUAUAAAUAUAGUCAUAUUUGGUAAAGAUUUUGAAUCAGGUAAACAUGAAUUGUUUUUCUUUUAGAUUUUUUGUGUAAUAAAUACAGGCAUGUUAUUGGGUCAUAACUAGGACAGACAGGUGAUCUUUUUAUGCAUGAAAUGGAGCUGUAGAAUAGAGAUUUAGUAAUAUUUCAAGUGUCCUUGUCAGGAGGCUUAUACAAGGUGUGACCAAGAUAUACCUUCAAGGUAUAUCUUGGUAAUUUUUCACUGGUAGUCUUCCUUUCACUAUCUGCUGUUACUUGCUGUACAUUAAAUGCUCUUUCCUUCAAUAUAUAUUUGAGCUGAGGUAAGCAGAAAAUGCUCAAUGGAGCCAGAGCUGGGAGAUAUCAGUGAUAUUCAAAGGUAAGAAUGGUGUCUUCAGUCAAAAUUUGAUGCUCUCUGUUCUGCUUAUUCUGGUGAAUUGUCUUAGUGUGCAUCAAUGGCUUGCAAAUCCUGAUUUACUUUGGGACCUUAUGACACAAAUUCAGGGUGAAACAAGCCCUUAUGGUUGAAUUUUUUGUCUCGGCAUUGUUUUCACAUUGUUUUAUAAUUAUCUGAUCUAAAUCAGUGCAAUACUUGAGUUCUCCACUAUGAUGACUGCUGCUAGUUUCAUGACAUACUCACAGACUCAUGCUUCAUCAAAAUUUGAUAAAUUUGCUUCAGAGAAUUCCUUCAUGCCUAGGCUGUCAUUAAUCCAGCUUUGAUAUCUUGUUUGACAAAGUUGAUGUGCCAAAUGCUGCCUUCAUAAUAAUGUGUGUCUUCCUGCUUUCAGCAGAUCUUGAUGCAAACUUUUUGUUCAUGCCAGUCAUAUAUCAUGAAUGAAUAACAAUACCAUUCCUGGAGAGGGUGAAACAAUUCAAUAUUAACCCACAAUUUGUAGAGGAAACUUGAGGUUAUGUUUCAUCUUCAUAUUUUACAAGUGCCAUGUUACAUAGCAAUGAAAAGAAUUUAGGGUGUGCAUUUUAAAGAGAUUAGUUGCAAAACCCUAGGAUUUUUUUUUUUUCAGACGUAAGCAUUUAUACAAUGUAUUCAAUUAGAAUGUAUUUCCCUUGUCAUAAACAAUAUAUCAGGUGUAAAUGUAUUUUUUAUUGUACUAUCUCUAUAAAUAUAUUAACCAUGGUGACAUUACACAUCCCUGUCUAAGACCUACUUUUACCGGGAAGUAAUCUCCCUCUCUUCUACACACCCUAACCUGAGCCUUACUAUCCUCAUAAUAAUGAAUAUUUUCCUUAAUUUAUAAUUUCAGCACUAUAUAAAAGUAGCUUGUAAUUUUUAUUUUUUUUUUUUAACAAGUCAGCCGUCUCCCACCGAGGCAGGGUGACCCAAAAAGAAAGAAAAUCCCCAAAAAGAAAAGACUUUUAUCAUCAUUCAACUCCUUCACCUCACUCAUACAUAAUCACUGUUUUUGCAGAGGUGCUCAGAACACAACAGCUUAGAAGCAUAUACAUAUAAAGAUACACAACAUAUCCCUCCAGUUACAGAUUCUGAAGUAUUGUAGUCUUAAUUGUAUAGUGGAUUGAACCUCUUAUUUGAGAGCUCUGAACAAAGUCUAUCUUAUCUGUUAUUCUGAGAUUCUUAUUUUCUUUGCAGCCCUGAUAAUGAACUGAUAUUUACUCUUAUUUUGCAUGAUUCUACUCUGUGUGAAUUGUCAAGCUGCAAUUUCAGUUUGCCAUAUUCUGUUGGACUGUCCAGCCUAUUAGUGAGCACGCAGAAUUUGCCUUUGAUGUCAUCACUGCUCUACACCCUUAAUUUAUCUUCCCUCCUCACUGAUGACUCCCUCUUUGACAAUUUGACAGCAGCAGAUUUAUUACACAACCUUUGAUUAUACUUCCUUUAGCACUCCUCACUUCCCUUAUUAACUCGACCCUGAAGCACUGUAUGACACUGGUGGUUUAGUGCUUAGUUUUGAUUCUAAUAAUAAUUUGCAUGAUGAACAGGAAUAUACCAGUAUAUCAAAGGAUUUAUGAAAGGUAUGAAAAGUAUAUUUAUGUAUUCGUAUAUGCUGUGUAUGAUUAUAGCUACAACACAUAGUGUUUGGCAAAAAAGAAAUUCACUCUGAAAUUCAUUUUGAUCUCGCCUUGUGUGUAUUCACCUGGCUCAUAUGUGAUAACUUAGUUUUUGUAGCUUCAGUAAACCUUUGCUUAUGAUAUCCUGUCAUAAAUUAAGUUUUAAGUUUUUGUUGGUUGUGGCACAUACUACCUUUUUCAACCCAUUCCAGCUAUGUAUCACAUUGUGUAGAGGUACUCUUUGCUAUAGUGUCUUCUGAUUUUUAUUUUUGGCAUUAUAUAUUGUGGUUACUUGUUCUCCAUUUUACUAGUUUUAAAAAUCUUCGCUGUCUUUUUUUUCAUGCAUAUGAUUACCUAUCUUUAACUACAGGGUCGAAGUUUGGUUUGUGGCUUGCAUUUGUGUACACUCACCUAUCUUUGCUUGCAGGUAUCCAGCUUCUCAGCCCAGCCUCAUAAUUAAUAAUUUGUCUGGUGCAGUUCUUCCCCAGCACUAUAUUUAUAUUCAAUUUUAUACAUGACAUUUUUCUAUUUUGUCCUCUAGAAUGUACCAUCAGUUGCAGCCACUUGCAUUGAAGUCUCUCCGAACGAUUUCCUCAUGUCACCCAUGUGCUCACUCUCUAUUCAUCUGCCCUUCAAACAUGGCAGAUAUAUAUGCCUUGAUACCAGUGAAGGGCUCUUCAUCCAAGGAUUCUGAGCUACUUUUCCCUUUCUUGGAUCAAAAUUAAUUACCUAACAUUCCACUCUUAUGAUCAUUAUAAUUCUGCUUCUUUUCCUCUAAUGACAGUAACCUGCUGUCAUUUGGUGCUGAAUUCUCCUGCUCUCAUUUUUACUACCAUUCCUUUGUUAGCCAUUUUUCAAACUGGUCCUACAGCCUAAUGCAUCUAUUUUUGCAGUGUGUUACAUGCCUCAUUCAUAUAUACUUAUCUCUUUGGCAUAGGGAAUUUGGGGUCUUUGUGUAGAUUAUUCCUUUAUGCCAGAUAUUCUUUGAUGCAAACAAGUACACUGAUGGCAGGUACUCCUUCCAUGUUAAGUGGGUUAUACUCAUUCUGUAUAUGAUAUUCUUCUGUAUGACUGUCUUCUUUGAGAUUUAAUGUUUCACUUGGAAAAUACUCUUGAAUGCUUGAACAAGUUGUGUUCUAAAUUUACUGAUAGAUCCAGAAGAUUUGGUCAGCUACAGCUGUAAGUACACAGUAUUAGCAUAAUGUCUGAGUUAGGCUAUGUGAUAGCCAUAUCUUGAAAUUAGAUUUAGAAUUUUUUUUUUUCAGGGUUUGUAAGUGUUAAACAAUUUUGGGAAACUAUAAUAUGAUCACCCUAUGGAUUACAGAAAAAAAAAAUGAAAUCAGCCUUAAAAAACCAUACCCCGGCCGGGAUUGAACCCGCGGUCAUAGAGUCUCAAUCGUGUCAUUACGAUUUCAUGAGUCACAUCAGCCUU